UACUCACCACAAGAGGGCGCGCAGCGUGCAAACCGGAAGCAGGAAGUGAAGUCAGUCGACGUGCGAAAUUCAAAUUUCUGUUGCUUCUCUACAUGACGUGUGGCUGCUCACUGAUUUCACCGUCUUCCUCUCCCGUUUCCACACACAUUCAGGAAGGGUGAUCACCCUGCGGGGCUGCAGAGGGGAGCAUGCCGGUGGAAAGAACGGAGCACAGCGGGGCCGAGGAGCUGCACAGAUACUAUGAGGUCUAUGAGACCAUCGGCUCAGGAGGCUUUGCUAAAGUCAAGCUGGGUCGACACAUCCUGACUGGAGAGAAGGUUGCCAUCAAGAUCAUGAACAAGAAGGAUCUAGGGGACGAUCUGCCCCGUGUGAAGGUGGAGAUCGAUGCCAUGAAGAACCUGAGUCACCAGCACAUCUGUCGUCUCUACCAGGUCAUAGAGACCUCCACCCAGAUCUUCAUGGUGCUAGAGUACUGUCCAGGUGGGGAGUUGUUUGAUUACAUCAUAGCAAAGGACCGACUGUCAGAGGAGGAGACCAGGGUGUUCUUCAGACAGAUCGUGUCUGCGAUGGCCUACGUCCACAGCCAGGGAUACGCACACAGGGACCUCAAACCGGAAAACCUGUUGAUUGACGAAGACCAAAACUUGAAGCUCAUAGACUUUGGAUUGUGUGCUAAACCUAAGGGAGGUUUGGGUUACGAGCUGAUGACGUGUUGCGGGAGCCCUGCGUACGCUGCUCCUGAGCUCAUCCAGGGAAAAUCAUAUAUUGGUUCUGAGGCUGAUGUGUGGAGCAUGGGGGUGCUGCUGUUCGCCCUUCUCUGUGGAUACCUGCCCUUUGAUGACGACAACUGCAUGGUGCUCUACAGGAAGAUUACAAGAGGUAAAUAUGAUAACCCCCGGUGGCUGUCUCCUGGUAGUGUCCUCCUCCUCAACCAGAUGAUGCAGGUGGACCCCAAGCGGCGUAUUACUGUUCGACAGCUGCUGGACCAUCCCUGGGCGACGAAAGACUACAACAGCCCAGUGGAGUGGCGUAGCAGGCAGCCGCUCGGCCACAUCGACGAGGACUGUAUCACUGAGAUGGCUGUCAACAUGAAGCGAUCGAGGGGGAGCACCACGGAGCUGGUCAAGGAGUGGCGGUACGACCAGACCACAGCCACCUACCUGCUGCUGCUGUCAAAGAAGAAGAGGGGCAAACCUGUCCGCCUGCGCCCCGAGCCGACGAGGUGUGAGGACUCCUGCUCUCCACUGCACCAGGGCCUACAGACCGGGGACGCCCUUCACUACAGCGAGGACGAAGACGCCGUGAUUGUGGGUUCUCUGGACUUUGGCUCAGACUACAUCGAUGAUUGCCCGUGGGUUCAGGUCACACAUUACACACCCCAGGGAGUCCGUGGUCAGCCAGAUGGAUCCGCGAACACCAAACACAUGAGAGCAGCGUCUCCGUCAGUGGAGAAGAGGUACGCUUACAGCCCGACCCCAGAGAGAGGCCGAAACACAGCACAGCACCGCCAGGAGAGGAGAGACAGAGACCAAGAGCGAACCAGCGAGAACAAGGAGAACAAGGAGAACAUCGCCGUGCAGGAGAAAGACGUCGAAAUAUUCGCGCUGCCUCCUCCUCGCACUCCUGCAUCCAGUAAGAAGAACGCACGGCCCAACAAGAAUGUGUUGACCACGCCCAAUCAAAAUGCUAACGUCAAUGGCACCAAAACCAAUGCAGUCACACCUAAAGGUAGCGGCAGUGCCUCUAAAGAGCACAAUAAGAAGAGAGUAGCAGACUUCAAGGAGCUUGCGAAUGUUGAAAUACUGGCCUUCAGUCCUGAGCGAAGGUCUCGGUCGUUGGACAUGGCGGUCACAGGGGACAGCGGGAAGAAGAAGAAGGCAGGAAAAGUGUUCGGUUCCCUGGAGAGAGGCCUGGACAAGAUGAUCACCAUGCUCACUCCCAGCAAGAGGCGAGCUGUGCGAGACGGCCCGCGCAAGAUCAAGGCGCAGUACAACGUUACUCUGACCAGUCAGACCAAUCCAGACCAGAUCCUCAACCAGAUCCUCUCCAUCCUGCCAGAGAAAAACGUUGACUUCACACAGAAAGGGUAUACCCUUAAGUGUCGGACCUGGGGUGACCACGGGAAGGUCACCAUGGCGUUUGAGCUGGAGGUGUGCAUGCUGCAGCGGCCGGAGGUCGUCGGGAUCCGGCGACAGAGGCUGAAGGGGGACGCCUGGGUCUACAAGCACCUGGUGGAGGACAUCCUCUCUGCGACCAGAAUCUAAAUCAUUGCACUUUCCUAAAGAAAUCACUUCCUGUUCCAAGACAAUGGACACUGGCCUUUGUCUGAUGUUUGAUUAGUGAUGGAUGCACAGAUUUUGACACAGUAUGGCGUCUUAGCACAUUAAUUAUUAGCCCUUCGUUAUUCAUAGUGAAUAUUUCAAAUUGUCCUUAGGCCAGCCUGCAAUCCCCCCCCCGAGUACAUGUUACAAUAUAUGUAUGAGCAUUAGAUGUACAGCGUAUCUUGUUUUAUGUAGAGCAUUGCUCUUUUACUUCAUAAUUAUUAAGCUAAAGAACGUCAUUUACUUUACACCUUCUGGCUGCUUAUUACCAUAUUUAUGUCGUUGAUGUUGUUAUUCUACCCUGCAGAUGUAAUUUACUGUCAUUAAUGUAAAUGUUUAUAAUUCUUCCUUCAUGGCAUUUUCUUUUUUUACAUGGUUGUGUUGUAAAGAAGUGUCUGCUUUUAUUUCUCAUUGGUGCUUGUCUAGUUUGUUACUGUCUGUCGCCUUGUGUCUGUCAGCUUUCUAUUGACAUAAAUGGAACAAAAUAAAUUGUUUGUGGUAAAUGUAAUGCGCCUGUGUUUAUGGAGACUACUUCCUUGACAUCCAAUGUUGUUGUUUUUUAUUCACUCAGCGGUUUGAUGGAGCAGUGGUGUGUUUUACACUCUGUCAUCAUCCUUCUGUUCGUCUCCCGGUCUUCACUCGUCUUCGGUACAAAGAUUGAUGGUGAUAGUUUAGCUGAGUGACAGCAUUCCUUAGUUCAUAUUCAGUAAAAAUAAGUGGUGU